GACUGAAAAAUACGAAUGGGCAUGGAGCAGUUUGAGCAGCUGCUAACCUGUGCGAUAUGCCUGGAUCGAUACAGAAAUCCGAAGCUCUUGCCAUGUCAACACAGCUUUUGCAUGGAACCGUGCAUGGACGGCCUCGUCGACUAUGUUCGUCGACAGGUCAAAUGUCCGGAAUGUCGUGCCGAACAUCGUAUACCAUAUCAGGGCGUGCAAGCCUUUCCGACCAACGUGACACUGCAGCGAUUCCUGGAAUUGCAUAUCGAGAUCACGGGAGAAUUACCGGAUCCGACCAGCGGUCAGACCAUGGAACGCUGUGGCGUUUGCUCUGAGAAGAGUUACUGUCAGCUGUGCGUGCAUUGCGAGAAGAAAUGCUGUCCCGAAUGCAAAGAUGCGCACAUGGAUAUUUUGAGACGCGAAAUUACCCGCAUCAAUUCUCAGGUGCGCAGAGGAUUGCAUAGGCUGCAGGACGCGUUGGCCCUGGUAGAAAAAAACACGUUGGGCCUGCAGACAAACUGCGCUUCGGUCGCCGAGGAGGUGGACGAGAUUUAUCGGAGGCUGAGCAAGGCUUUGAAAGACCGUACGGAACAUCUGCGUAACGAGGUCGAUCGAUACCUCGGCACCGAGCUUAGAGGCCUGAUUCAGCUCAAAGAGAAUCUCGAAUUGGAAAUCGCGAAUAUCCAGAGCAACUGCGAUCUGGCGGAGGCGCACAUAAAUGAAAACGUGCCAUGGGACGACGCCGAGCUCCUGGAUACAAAGGAGCUCUUCCUGCGUACGGUGGAAUUUAUCAGGAACUUCGAAUAUGAGGCGGGGGAUUACAACCGACGAGUCCGCUUCGUGAUGGCGCACGAUCCGAAUCAGCUUGUCCUUCACGUGGCGGGUUACGGCGAAUUGAACAUUAAACCGGAAAGCGGGAGCGGCGGAUUGCUGGGCAGCUCCAGCAGUUUGGCUCCACCGGUGGGUUCGCCUGGUCUUAUGAGAAGCAAGAGCGAUCACCGUCUCGCCUCGCAAUACAGGCAGCAAGAGGAGGAACGGCUGGCCAGGAAUCGAUACGUUCCCGAAUACGAGUACGAUGCCCCGGAGUAUGAGGUACCCAGGAACAAGUCCAGAUAUAGGAGUCGAUUUAUGCGGCAUCGGGACGGUGACGAUUCCGACGGUGACUCCAGAUCGACGGUGAGAUUCACGUCGGCGCCGCCGGAGUCGUCCAGCUUACGGGAACGCGUUCUGGAUACGGAGGAUGCCGCACGCGGUCCGUUGUCCGGUAUAUUUCGCCUGACGGACUCGCCACGAGUCAUGAAGAAGCUGCAGGAGUGCGAACGGGCUGGCAAGCGGAAGAAGGAGGAACCUGCUAGUCAGCCCAUGCCGCAACCACAACCACCUAAGCCGCAGGUACAAGUGAGAAAGGUACCGACCGCGAUGGCGAGACAGACAAGCGAGGACGACGAGAUCUCGAGGAUCAAGAAGCAGAACAAGAAUGCCGCGGCGACUGCCGUCCACCCCGAGACGGUGGAGGAGAGACAGCCGAUGCCCGCCCCCGUUCAUCCGCCGCCACGGGAACUUCCGGAACGGGAACCCGAGGAACAGCCGGUCAGAAGACCGGCUAUUGUCAGGAGAACUUCGGAAACUCACGCACCCCCCGCGGCCAGGAGUGCCUCGUCGGACUCGAGCACCGGCUCCGAGAGCUCGGGGGGAUCAGGGAUACGUAGUACGGGCGCACCCUUUACAGCCGAGGAGAUGAAACAGAAGUACCUGUCGAGAGCACCCCCGACUAGCACAACGACCACUAUCUCCACCACAACCGGUAGAGAAUCAUCGAACACUGCUCCGCCGACUCCCAGACCGCCGUUUCAAAGCCGUUUUUUAGGCGCAGGUAACCGUGCGGCUCCACCACCGCCGGUUCAGACGCCGCGUGAGGAACCAGUGGCGAAGAAGAAGGAAGAGGAGGAGGAUGAAGACGAAGUUUCGGACACAGAGGAAGAGUCGGAAACAGACGGUCAUCCGUCCAAGACUACUCCAACUGCGACUUCCGUUGCUUCUCAAGAUCGUCAGAGAAGCGAAUCAGCCAUGGCGCGCACUGACAUUGGGCCUCUUCUUGCUCGCAGCGCUGAAGCUAGAAGAGGAAGCAAGGAAGAUUCGCCUUCCACGAGGUAUUCGUCGCCGAGGGGCAGCCCCGCGCAAUCCGUGACGACGAUGACGACGACGAUGACGACGCCGAGCGGCGGCGGCGGCACCGCGAUGACGACUACGUCGACGCCGGGCGGCUACACCAGCAGAUUCUUGAACAAGAGCAGGAGUCAGGCGGCAAUGAUGGCAUCUCGCGAACGGGAACGUGAACGCGAACGUGAACGUGAACGUGAACGCGAACGUGAACGUGAACGCGAGCGAGAGCGAGAGCGCGAGCGCGAGCGAGAACGCGACCGAGACGUGGACGCGGAGAUCGACUCGCCCUUGUCGACGAGAUCUCGCUACGCAGCUUUGAAGGAACGCCGACAACGUCUUGCCCGUUCCAGAAGCUCGCACAAUUUUGGCGGCGACGACCUUGACCUGGACGAAGAACCACCGUCCCCAACAACCCAGUCGCCGAAUGCUUACCUGGCGGCGAAGUACGGCGCCGGCUCCGAACUGGCACGGAGUCGCAGCACCCACGCCCUAAAGUCAAGAGAGCCGAGCCCGGAACGUGAUCGACCGGGCACGGAAAAGGAUGGCGCGGCAUUGAGCUCUUGGGCCAGAUACCUCAAGAAUAAAUACGGUAACCGCACCACCAAGGACAAGGAACCGCCCUCCUCGUCCUCCACGAUACCUUCGUCCAGCACCAGCGCGGCUUCGCGAAGGUUGUCGUUAGGUUUGCCUUUAAGGCACACCGGGCAAACAUCCUUUGAAUCUUCCGACGACGACCAAAAAAACCCGUCAGGCUCCCCCACGUCCCCUACAGCAGCUCCCGUUAUACCCGCGGCAGCAGGUUCCUCCACUAGCAAUGGUCGGAGGAGUCAUUACUUGCUGAAGCGGCGGCAGCUGUUUAAGUUUGGGAUGCGGGGGAGCGAAGCCGGAUGCUUUACCUGGCCGAGAGGCCUCGCGGUCGGCCCGGACAACUCCAUCGUCGUGGCCGACAGCUCCAACCAUCGUGUUCAAGUAUUCGACGGUAAUGGGAACUUCAUAAAGGAGUUCGGAACGUACGGCAGCAACGAGGGUGAGUUCGAUUGCCUUGCCGGGGUGGCUGUAAACCGGAUCGGGCAGUACAUCAUCGCGGACCGCUACAACCACAGGAUCCAGGUGCUCGAUCCAUCCGGCCGCUUCCUACGGGCCUUCGGCUCUCAGGGAACCGCUGAUGGCCGAUUCAAUUAUCCGUGGGGCAUCACCACCGACGCCCUCGGAUUCAUCUACGUAUGCGACAAGGAGAAUCACCGCGUGCAGGUAUUUCAAUCAGACGGUACGUUUGUGGGUAAGUUCGGCUCGUGCGGUAGCGGACGCGGCCAGUUAGAACACCCGCACUACAUCGCGGUGAGCAAUACCAAUCGAGUGAUCGUCAGCGAUGGCAACAAUCACCGCGUGCAAAUAUUUGACGUGAAUGGCCGCGUGUUGACGUCCUUCGGCUCGGAGGGCUCAGACGAGGGCCAGUUCAAGUUUCCGCGGGGUGUCGCCGUUGACGAUCAAGGCUACAUCAUCGUCGCCGACUCUGGCAACAAUCGUAUACAGAUUUUCAGCCCCGACGGCGCUUUCCUCAAGUCCUUCGGCUGUUGGGGCAGCGGCGAUGGUGAAUUCAAAGGUCUCGAGGGUGUCGCCGUCACGUCAACAGGCAACAUCGUUGUUUGCGAUCGCGAGAAUCACCGGGUUCAAGUAUUCUGAGUUCGUCGAUUAUUAACACUGAAGGAACUCUGAUCUUUUAGCAAACGGAUACCUAUCGUGUUGGCCGAUAUUUGCGUUUAUUAGGGGAAAGUGGGGAAACUGUGCGCUGCGGGUAAUUGUGCUCAUCCUGGUUUGGUACUUUUCCAAUGGAUGAAGACAUCACUGUGCUGAAAUUUUUACGCAGGAUGUUGUCCUCUUAAGAUAUAACUACAAAAUAUGAUACAACGUAAAUACGUUGCUAUCCAGAGAAAUACAAAAAAGUAAAAUCACA